AUGGAGUCUUCAGCAUUCCUCACUCUCUACCUGCUGCUGGGGACUUCCCUUGUGCUGACCCAGACCUUUAAACGUUCCCACUCCUUGCGGUACUUCGACAUCGUGGUGUCAAGGCCUGGCCUCGAGGAGACCUUCUACAGGACUAUUGGGUUUGUGGACGACACAGAGUUUGUGCGCUUCAACAAUGAGGCAGCAAAUCCAAGGUUCGAGCCCCGAGUGCCCUGGAUGGAGCAGGUGGGACAGAAGUACUGGGAUGACCAGACACGUGUUGCCGAAGUCGCAGAGCAGCAGAUUCGAGCAUACUUUCCGAAACUGAGAGGCUACUUCAAUCAGAGCACGAACAGUUCUCACACCAUCCAGAGGAUGACUGGCUGCUACAUUGGACCAGAUGGGCACCUACUUCACGCAUACCGUCAGUUUGGCUAUGAUGGGCAAGAUUAUCUCACCCUGAACGAGGACCUGAGCACCUGGACUGCGGCAGACAAGGCAGCUGAGAUAACCCGGCGUGAGUGGGAGGCAGAAGAUAUGGCUGAACACUGGAGGGUCUACCUGCAGGGCCCUUGCGUUGUGUGGCUCCUUAAGUACCUGGAGAUGGGAAAUGAGACUCUGCUGCAUGCAGAUCCCCCAGAGGCACAUGUGACCCAUCACCCCAGACCUGGAGGAGAUGUCACCCUGAGGUGCUGGGCCCUGGGCUUCUACCCUGCUGACAUCACCCUAACCUGGCAGAGGGAUGGGGAAGACCUGACCCAGGACACGGGGCUUGUGGAGACCAGGCCUUCAGGGGAUGGUACCUUCCAGAAGUGGGCCGCUGUGGUGGUGCCUCCCGGAGAAGAGCAGAGAUAUGUGUGUAAUGUGCAGCAUGAGGGGCUGCCUGAGCCCCUCACCCUAAGAUGGAGCAGACCUCCCCAGUCUUUCAUCCCCAUCAUAGUAGUGGCUGUUGGCCUGAUUCUCCUGGGAGCUUCCGUGGCUGCUGUUGUAAUGUGGAGGAAGACCUCAGGUAGGGAAAGGGGAAACCUAAGUUUUCUUUCCAACUGA